AUGCAUAGGUGGCUCAAGUGGUACCAUGGACUCUUCAGACAGGAUGCAUGCGAGGCCAGACAAAUAUCACGCGACAUCGCCUAUCGUCAAAUAUUUGUGUAUACUUAUGAAGGGAACUGGAAUUUAGAUAUUCAAAAUUUUGCUCGCUUCAAGGAGCAUCACAGUUGCGCUGGUCGAAAGGAUAACGAGAGUAUUGUUGCCCAAGGAAGAAAACGUAUCAAAAUAUUCGAGGAGCAUUUUGGAAUGAAGUUGCCGGCUUUAACUGACCAAGAUCUCUUAGACGGAAAAGUACCAUUGCUUGGAGGAAAACUAAGUUUCCAUCCAUACCACAUCAACCCAGCAGCCAAAUGUAGAGUUAUCUUAGACUCAAAUCGGCAUGAGAGCCGGGCGUAUAAGAACGUCCCAGUGUCAGAUGCCGGGUGGAUGGUAGAGGCCCUUCAGACUGUUAACGUUAGUGGUCCAGGAUUUUCAGGAAUUCUUAUGCCAGGGUCUGCAAUCUUCCAGGGAGAGUUCUUGUUCUAUACAUCUCGAGAAAACCCACACGGCGGGAAAGUUUUGAUCCAAUACGAGUCCAAAACACCCAGCUAUGUGAUUGAGAAUGGGCGUUUGUUUCUCUGGAACCCUGAACUGUUUCAUCCCGUGUACGGAAAGGGACGAGAUGCCCACGUGUCUGAGCUGGACCCUGUCACAGGAAGAUUUUCUGCUAGAGAGGUGCUGACUUUUUCACCAGAUGCAUAA